GGCUGCUGAUCGCUGAUUCAUCGGCUGCUAUAGUUCUGAUGAGUCUGGCCCAUUUAUGGGUCACUGCACACGCUGUCAACCUGACUCUGAAAAGGCAGGGCCGGCCAAAGCAUGCCCCUAAUGUACACACACACACACACACACACACAGUUACGCACACAUGUUCACACGGUCUCACCCACAUUCAUACGCUUGACACAAAUGUUUGCAGAGGCUUGCAUCCUGUUCACGGUUAAGAGUCUGUAAGUACCAACUUUAUUAUUUCCCUUCUUGAAAGUGUGUUUGUCCUCUUUUACUAAUGUGUAAAUGACAGGAUCAUGAUGAAUUUGAAAUAUUUGGCAAACAAAAACCUAUUGGGCUUCGGUUGGCAAAAAUAGCCUGUCAGAAUAAAAGCUCCUGUUGUCGAGCUCUUGGCACUUAUAGCUGCUGAGCAGACGCAGAGUUGUUUGAGCACAGAGGAGGUAUAAGCAGCUGAUUAAAAACAACAAUCAUGAGGAGACCACCAGGGAAUUACAGGGACAGUUACUUGUUGAAAAUAUGGGUAUUUCGGUUUAUUGUAGUCUGGGAAAAGGACAAUGGACAUUUGCGUAGAAUGUGGAAGCUAUAUAUAUAUGGAAUAGUUAGUCAUGUUGUCAUUAGUCUGUUAAAGAAUUGCUUGUUAUUAAGUAAUUUAACUAAGUGCAUUCAUCAUUUGUAAGUUGCUUUGGAUAAAAGUGUCUGCUAAAUCAUAUAGUCAUAACCAUCAUGAUUGCGUUUAUACAGCAUACUUACGAUAACAGCGAAGCAAACCAAAUGUAGGGAACUAAGGCUGUAGAAAACUAAAUGGAUGGCAGUAGUCCAAAAGAGAACCAGAGGGAGUUAUGGACAAUGCUGAGGGAGGCAGAUGAUGAGGAUGUGGCUAUGAAAAGGGCUGGCUCAUUCACUAUUCAUUAGACCUAACCAAGAGGCCUGUUAGCAGAACACCGUCACUGGAAUGGGAAAUAUUCUGUUGUGGGAGUUCUGUUUGUGUUUGGAACUGUCCUUCCAACUGUCCAUAGGAAUAUUGGUUGAAAACACACACACACACACACACAAUUUUUUUAUUGCCUCUCCCAUUGUGUCCCGGAGUCAACUCUGAAACUAUUGAUUGUUCUGACAGAGAGACACCAGAUACGAACACUGAGAAGCAUCUGGUCAUAUCCAGAGUUUGCAUCCUAGGAGUAUUUCACAAUCUUUCCUUCUGUCACAACUUUCCAAUAACAUGAGGGGAUCCCAGAUGUAUUUUCCUGCACGCACCGUGCUGUUCCGGAAAGAGGCCAGUGGAGUGACGUACCGAGUACCUGCGCUGAUUUACCUCCCAAACGCCGCAUCCUUCCUGGCCUUCUGUGAGGAGAGGCUGAGCCCUGCAGACGCUCAGGCCAACCUGCUGGUCAUGCGCAAGGGCAAGUUCUACAGGAAUUACGUGGAGUGGGACGACAUGCGCGUGCUGGCCACGGCACAUCUGCAGGGUCAUAGGUCAAUGAACCCGUGCCCCGUGUACGACGAGUUCACCGGCACCCUCUUCCUCUUCUUCAUCGCGGUGCUGGGACACACAUCGGAGGCCUACCAGCUGGUGACGGGGAAGAACGUGACACGCCUCUGCUACGUCUCCAGCAACGAUCACGGCGACACCUGGAGCCCUGUCACAGACCUCACCAAGAGAGUGAUAGGAGACACUAUUAAAGAGUGGGCCACCUUCGCUCUGGGUCCGGGCCAUGGAAUCCAGCUGAAGUCGGGCCGCCUGCUGGUCCCAGCGUACGCGUACCAUAUCGACUGCAAAGAGUGCCUGGGCAGGGUGUGUCUGACCACACCCCACUCCUUCUGCUUCCACAGUGACACGCACGGGCGCGUGUGGCGCUUCGGAGAGGCGGUCCCCGGGCCGGAGAGCGUGGAGUGCCAGAUGGUGUCCGUGGACGAGGAGGACGGCUCCAACAUCCUGUACUGCAACGCCAGGAGCCCGCUCGGGUGCCGGGUGCAGUCUCUCAGCCUGGACGACGGCGCCGUGUUUCAGGACGGUCAGCUGGUCCAGAAGCUGGUGGAGCCACGCAACGGCUGCCACGGCAGCAUCAUGGGCUUUCCCGCCCCUCUGGAGCUCCUGCAGGAGGCCAGACGCUCGCGUCUGCGACACUGGACGUCGGAGCUCCGCGUCUCCUCUGACCCCGUCGCUGCUGCUGCCUUAGUCUCAAAGCGUGGCCAGAACUUCCUCACUCCCACCUGGGUGGUGUAUUCUCACCCCACCUGGCCCAACGCACGCCGGGACCUGGGAGUGUACUUGAGCCUCUUUCCCCGCGAUCCAGACAGUUGGUCAGGGCCUUGGGUUAUCUACGAGGGCCCAAGCGCCUACUCAGACUUGGCCUACCUGGAGCAGCCCUCUGCCGGAGCUCCCCCAGUCACAGCCUUUGCCUGUCUGUUUGAGAACGGCACAAGGACACCUUAUGAUGAGAUCUCCUUCAGCAUCUUCACACUCUACGAGCUCAUUGACAACCUACCCCCAAAUAAAUGCCAACUCACAGAUCCAAGCUCCAAGCUACAAAAAACUAGCAAGAGAAAGCGAUGGAGGUCCUGCAGCCUUUGUUGCAUAUCUUGAACUACAGUUAACCAUUGUAUAUUUUUUUGCGGAAAGCUUUUUUAACUGUUAGUUUAUGAUUAUAUUGGUGUGUAAAAUAACUACUAGACAUGCACUUGGGUAGUGCCUUAAGUGUUUGUAGGCACAGUAACUUAAAGUAUAGCCACACAAUUUUAAGAAUGGUCUGAAUCUUCAGAUAAAACAGUAUGAUGAUGACCUUGACCCAAUUAAGAGAAUAGUAUUGGUAAUCAGAGUUUAAAAUUAAUUUAAAAUAUUAAAUAUUUACUCUCACUAUAGAGUGGCUAAGCUACGAUGCUUUAUUCAAACAUUUGCCCAACUGUCCUGCAAAUCGAUAGUCAUGAACUAAAGAGAACUUCAGCUACUGUAAGAUCUCCACUGAAAAUGUCUAGUCUAGUACGAAGUAGGCUACAAUCCUUGCCUGGGUAAUGGGCCCCACUCUCUUAAAUCCCUAUUUACUUUACUAUCUCACACUAUAUGUAUAUUUAACUACAGUAUGUGAUAUAUUUGGUACAUGUACAGGUGCCUUCAGAUUUUUCUGGUUGAGUGUCCAUUUCGUAAUAACUCACACCCUUUUGUGCUUGAUUCUUCAUGUCUCCAUAAAUGUUUCAGAAUUAUUUUCUAUCAUUCUACUUCAUAAUGAAUGUUUUAAAUUCAAACUAUGAAUUUAACUACAGCUUCUCACUGUCGAUUUAACUGUGGUUUUGUAUGAAUGACUAGGAAGAGAAUAUCUCUGAAAAUCUGGAAAACAGUCCUUGUAAUACAAUUCUCAGCUGGGGGGCAAUGUUAAAGCAUUUGGGAAAAUUAGACGCAAUAGAGUUGAGAUCAACAAAUAACUGCGGUAGAUUUAGCAUGAAGAUUAAAUACAGAAAACAACGGUUGGACAACUUUCAAUGAGUGCUCUGUUUAGUUUUACUCUAAACAAGGGAUACAAGCCAGGAAAAAGGCCACAAAUAGAAUCAGGCACUUUCAACUUCCAGAAGCAGUCACUUCCAAAAUAAUAUAGAAACUUUAUAUGAAUGGAUAUUGUACAUUACAGUAAUAUACACUACAGUACAUUACAGCACCAACAUGCCAUUUGUAGACCACAUCCUGCUGGUAACACCUUCCUGUCUGGCAGCUCUUGUGUGUAUGCUGUAUGUAAAUGUAUCAAGCCUGGCGCCCACCGGACACGGCGUUCUGAGGUCUGGGCUUGACGCGCAGGAUUUUACAAUAGUUUUCUAUCGCUGUGCGGCUGCUGCGCGGCAUACAUUUCUAGUGGGCUUUGCUCCAUUGAAAACAAUGGAGUUCUACUGUAAUUUGUUUAUUGUCGCGGCGUGCCAUGCCGGCCUUCAUAGCCAAGUCCUCAAAUUCUAUAUAGAUGUCAAACUGCAUAGAUCCCCGACCACCAAACUUAAGCUCCUCCUGCUCCUUCUACGGAAGGAUAAUCUUUAGUGCAGGGAGAGCCAAAAUGUUUUAUGUAUGUAUGUACGGUGACCUUGAGUGCCAAGAAAGGCGCCUUUAAAUAAAAUGUAUUAUUAUUAUUAUUAUUAUUAUUAUUAUUAUUAACACAUACAGUACCCUCCAAUUAUUGGCCCCUCUGCCAAACAGGUAUAAAAAUAAUCGGUUGGUGAUUAUGGUAAUCUCACAAUGAAAACAACAUCUUGAAGGGAAGCACAUGUAUUUUGAGAAAAAAAGGAAA